UGCAUACCAGAGGUAAUAUGAGACUGUUCAAAAGAGAAGCUACACAACCUGGUGAGACGUGCCACAAGAGCCUUAGGAGCGCCCACCACACUAUAGAUGGAUGGCAUACGCCGGGGUUUCACGGCUCUCUCGCCUCAAGUCGAUCAGCAAGCAAUACCAUUGUUUGCGAUGUGCAUCCCUUGCGAGCCUGUUCCCUGUCAACACUUUUGCUUUCGUACAUGCCGAACCGAAGACAAAGGACCCCCGCCGGGAAGAUAAAAAUCCAUGCACCCCUUCCCUUUAUCCUUCCCGAUGGCGAAUCCUACACGAUCGUCGAAAUGCCGUAUUAGUAGUAUUCAUUCUCUUUAGAAGCUUAAAAAGCCUCUUUGCCGGAACAAACAAGCCAGGCAGCCAUCGGAUGACAUGUUAGAUGCGUCCCGUUACUAAACGACGGACGGUCGGUCGACUGAACUGCGGAGCUGCAGAACAGUCACAACACGAUAAACACCGUGACCGAGCAUUAAUCCGAUAUCUGCCUACCUACGUACUCAAUACUCUCGAGAUCGCCG